AUGGUUCUCGGCUAUGUCUCCCCCUCCAAGCUCGUCAUGUACACGGGAGCUCAAUGCGUCGGCUCCAUCUUCGCUUCCCUGUGUGCGAAGCUCGUCCUCCCUGACGACCUCGCUCUUAAGUUCGCGCUUGGCGGCUGUGUCAUGCAAAACUCGGCCGGAUCAGGACUUUCAAUAGGCUCGGCCUUCGUUGCCGAGAGCAUGUUCACGUUUGUUCUCAUGUUCGUCGUCGCCAACCUGGCACUGGAUCCAUUCCAAGGACGGGCUUUUGGAGCAAUCCUGCCACCAUCUUUCAUCGGCGCUGCUGCUGGACUGCUGAUUUUCGCGUCUGGGGGACUUGUGGUGGGAUACUCUGGAGCGGGGAUGAAUCCGGCGAGGUGUCUCGGCCCGGCAGUCGUGAUGGGAUCAAGUUCCACUCGAGAUGGUCACUGGGUAUGGUGGAUUGCUCCUUACUCUGCCACUGUGAUGGUUUCGGUUCUCUACUGCCUGGUUCCACCACACCACGCUGAGUUGUAUCGCGGCCGCGAGGACUUGGGCAGCGUCAAGGAAGCCUUUCACCCUCCAAUUGUUCAUGGGAUUGUCUGGGUGCGAAACUAUCUCGAUCCCAAGGGAGUGAGAGCUCACAGUCAUCCUCGGGCGAGCAAGCUCGUCUAUGUAGAGAAGGGAUUGUGGAGGUCGGCUUUGUGGACACAAGUUCAGUUACAAGGUCUUGCAUGA